AUGACAUCCCUAUACGACUUGACCAUCCCCGCGAUAACCCGGGUUGUCCAAACCGAAGUGACUCUCCUAAAGAAGGCCGAAGAGCACGCCAAGUCUAUUGGCAAGUCGGCCGAGGAAUAUGUCAAGGCCCGUCUAGCCCCGGACAUGUUCCCGCUAUCGCUACAGGUCGUCGUCACCGUGAUAUACAGCCAAAAGGCAAUCCAGUACUUGGCAGGAGGUGCGGCGCCAACAGUCGAGAUUAAGGAGUAUACGCUUGAGGAAUCCUAUGGCCUUCUCAACGAUACUCUUGCCGCACUUGCGGCAGUUAAGCCUGAGUCGAUCAAUGGCAAGGAGGCUGAGACUGUCCAAUUCAAUAUUUCUAAGCGUACGACUAGUGCGCCUGCGAUUGAAUGGUAUGAUAUUCCCUUCCCCUAUAUGGUGAUAAGCAUUGCUAAUUCUUUCGCAGUAUUACUCACUAGAUUUAUCCUACCGACGGUCUACUUCCACGUCACCACCUUGUAUGACAUUCUAAGAGCAGAGGGUGUACCCCUAGGAAAGCACGACUUCCUUACGCACCUCAUCGAGGGCUGGGAGCUUUCUUGA